AUGAUGAUGGUGGUGAAGUCUUUGCCUCAUGAAACAACAACAUUCAAAAUAUGGUUCAUUCAUACCGUCUUUUUGGUGGCCAUCAUCCCUGCAUUUUGUAGUAGUAUGAAUACAGAUACUAUUGCUACUUGCUUGGCCAACAAGGGUGUCAAGAACUUCACACUUUUCCCAAAUAACCAUGAUGAAGAAGACACCAGCUGGAGGGCUUACUACAGCUUUCUCAAUUUCUCCAUUCAGAACCUUAGGUUUGCUGAAUCCUCUGUUCCUAAACCUAUAGCCAUCGUGAUGCCAGAGACAAAAGAGGAGCUGGUGAACUCUGUCAUUUGCUGUAGGAAGGGAUCAUGGGAGAUUAGAGUCAGGUGUGGGGGUCACAGCUAUGAAGGUACUUCCUCAGUCGCCACAGACGGCAUUCCCUUCGUCAUCAUUGACCUGAUGAACCUGGAUAGAGUUUCCAUUGAUUUGGAAUCGGGCGUGGCCUGGGUGGAAGGCGGGGCGAUUCUAGGUAAAACUUACUAUGCUAUCUCAGAGGCUAGCAAAGUCCACGGAUUCUCAGCUGGUUCAUGCCCGACUGUUGGGAUUGGUGGCCACAUUUCAGGAGGUGGGUUCGGUUUGCUAUCACGAAAAUAUGGGCUGGCAGCUGAUAACGUGGUGGAUGCUGUCCUGAUAGAUGCAGAUGGAAGGGUGUUGAACAGGGAAUCAAUGGGAGAGGAAGUGUUCUGGGCUAUUCGUGGAGGAGGUGGUGGAGUUUGGGGCAUUGUUUACGCCUGGAAGAUACGAUUACUUGAUGUUCCAAAAAUCGUGACGGGCUGUGUAAUUUCCAGGCCUGGAUCGAAAGGACACGUAGCCAGGCUGGUUGAGAAGUGGCAACAUGUUUCACCUAACCUGGGUGACGACUUCUACUUAUCAGUUUUUGUUGGUGCUGGAUUACCCGAAAGAGCACCGGCUAUAGGAAUCUCGGCUACAUUCAAAGGUUUUUACUUGGGACCAAAGGCAGAAUUCAUUUCUGAAGUUAACAGGGUGUUUCCUGAACUGAGCAUUGCCCCUGGAGACUGUAAGGAAAUGAGUUGGAUCGAAUCCGUGGUUUAUUUCUCUGGCCUGAAUGUUUCCAAUGCUGCCAAGUUAACAGAUCGUUAUCUGGCAGACAAAUUGUAUUUCAAGGCAAAAUCUGACUACGUGAAGUCCCCAAUUUCAAGGGCCGGAAUCAGACUUGCCUUGGAUGUAUUGGAGGAAGAGCCAAAAGGGUAUGUGAUAUUGGAUCCUUACGGAGGAUUCAUGGACAGAAUUGACUAUGAAUCCAUCCCCUUCCCUCACAGGAAGGGAAACCUUUUCUCCAUUCAGUAUAUGGUAGAAUGGAAAAAAAAGGAUCUGGAGAACCUCAAAAUGAUGAGAAGGAGCAAUAGCAACAGCAAUGGGUACGUUGAUUGGAUUCGGAAAUUCUAUGACGCCAUGGCGCCAUAUGUUUCAUCGGCACCCAGGGCCGCAUACAUUAAUUACAUGGAUCUUGAUCUUGGGGUGAUGACGAUGUUGGAAGAGGGAAUCGACGAACAAGCUGAUGGUGUUGCAAAAGCUAGAUUAUGGGGUGAGAAGUAUUUCUUGAAAAACUACGACAGAUUAGUGAGAGCUAAAACGAUUGUGGAUCCACUAAACGUGUUUAGAAAUCAACAGGGCAUUCCUCCUCUCUCCCUAGUUACUGCUUCAUCAUCUUCAUCCUAUUCCUCCUCAUCCAGACAACAGUCGUUUUAGAUAACAAUCACGUGUUUAUCAUUUGGUGAAUGCAUUAAGGAUAUGUUAGUGUGUCGAUUACAUCAGGGUAGAAUAUCUUCUCCCAACAGCCAUAUAACCAAAUUAUAUGGGAGUCUGGAUUUUCCACUUGUUUGUUGCAGAAGGGAGAAAAAAUUGUACUAAUUGUUAUUGAAUUCGAAAGCUCCUGUCAUAGCAGUGGUCUAGACUUCGCAGAGCAG